AUGGUAAACUUGAAGUAUUUCGGUGCCCUUCUCGGCGCCGCCCCGGCUCUGGCAGCCUUUGGCGCUACCGACUCUGGCAACAACGUCGUCGUUGACUCUGGCAACUCCAACGGCUUCUCCAUCUCUGUCAGCAAGAAGGACUGCUCCAUCAACUCCAUCAAGUACCGCGGUACCGAGUACCAGUACAAGUCGCAGACCUCUCACAUCGCCUCUGGCCUUGGCUCGGCCACCGUCUCGUACACCACUAUCCGCAACAAGUAUGUCAAGGUUACUUGCACUGCUAGCAACGGUGACUUUGCCCUCACCCACUACUACGUGGUCCAGAACGGCCAGAGCAACGUCUACAUGGCCACCGACACCAAGUCUGAGCCCAAGAUUGGUGAGCUCCGCUACAUUGCUCGCCUCGACAACUCCAAGCUGCCCGACGAAUACCCCUUCGGCGACGCCUCCAACACGUCUGGCGGCUCCGAGGUUGAGGGCUCUGACGUCUUCCUCGUCAACGGCCAGACCCGCUCCAAGUUCUACUCUUCGGAGCGCUUCAUCGACAACGGCGUCUACUGCUUCCGCAGCAGCGCCAAGGAUGUCCACGCCUGCAUGGUUGCUCACCCCUCGCGCUCUUACGAGAAGAGCUCUGGCGGCCCCUUCUUCCGCGACAUCAACACCAACAACAACGGCGGCUUCAGCGCUCUCACCUUUUACAUGAACUCGAACCACGCUCAGACUGAGGCCUACCGCCAGGGCUUCCAUGGGCCGUAUGCCCUCUCCUUCUCCCGCUCUGGUGUCCCCAAGCAGAAGGACUUUGACUUUAGCUUCUUCAGCGAGCUGUCCAUCUCCGGUUUCAACACCGACGCUUCUCGCGGCAGGGUUAGCGGCAAGGCUACUGGCAUCCAGUCCGGAUUCCAGGGCGUCGUCCACUGGUACAACAGCAACUACCAGUACUGGACUUACACUUCUGGCGGCUCUUUCACCUCUCCUUUCAUGGUUCCCGGCACUUACACCAUGGUCCUCUACCAGGGUGAGCUCAAGGUCGCUUCCAAGAGCGUGAGCGUCUCAGCCGGUGCCACCGCCUCCUCCUCUAUCGCUGCCGACUCGGACAUCACCACUGGCAAGCACACCUCCGUCUUCCGCAUCGGUGACUGGGAUGGCCAGCCCACUGGUUUCCGCAACGCUGACAAGCAACUCCGCAUGCACCCUAGCGACAAGCGCAUGUCCAGCUGGGGCCCUCUGACCUACACCGUUGGAUCCAGCUCCGUCGGCGACUUCCCCAUGGCUCUGUUCAAGACUGUCAACAACCCUGUCACCAUCAAGUUCAACCUGGACUCUGCCAUCUCUGGCCAGGCUACCCUCCGUAUCGGCACCACCCUGGCCUUUGCUAGCGGCCGCCCCCAGGUUGUCGUCAACAGCAGCUUCACCAAGGCUUUCGCUGCGCCCACCAAGGUCGACUCUCGAGGUGUUACUCGUGGUGCCUACCGUGGUCUCGGCGAGGUGUACGAUGCUGUCAUCCCUGCCGGCACUCUUAAGAAGGGCGCCAACACCAUCACCAUUGAGGUUAUCUCCGGGAGCUCUGGCACCACCUACUUGAACCCCAACUUCAUCUUUGAUGCCGUUGAGCUGUUCUACUAA